AUGGUCGCCUCCGUUCUCCGCCGUCUCAUUCCCGCGCGAGUCGCAAACACAGGCUCCCAGCAGCGCGACCACCAUGCCAAUGAGCGCACCUUCCUCUCAUGGACGCGCGCCGGCCUCGGCUUUGCAGCUAUGGCACUAGCUUUAGACCGGUUAGAGGCUAUUGACCGGGUUCUCUGCUCUAAAUUUGGCCUGGGGCCUCUUGCUCCAUCUAUCCCGGCGCAACUGGAAGAAAUGGCUGCAAAUCAGAAGAAGCUGGGCCAGGGCCAGGGCCAGGCUCAAAAUCAAAAUCAAAAUCAAAAUCAACAUCAAAGUCCAGAUGCUCACUCUUCGACUACUACCCAAGGGCAGCAUAUGUCCAGCCAGCUUCUGGGUGCCGUUUCGCCGGCGAGACUAUGCCAGGUACUGGGAGUGUGGUCUUUGGGUUAUGGAUUCUUUCGUUACUGGUCUAUGAGGCGGUACCUUCUGGUGGGAAAGUUUGUUCCUGCAUUUUGGGGACCGGUGUUUAUGACUUGUGGAAGUUUUGGCGCGUUCAUGGCUUUGGGAUUGCAGGUUGAUCGGAGGGCGUUCCUUGUGAAUAUUUGA